GUACCCAGAUCCAGACCCCCCCAACAUCAACACCGCAAAAAUGGAAAAGGCAUGGGCACAAGUGGUGGAGACCUACUCACCCGCCACCAUCGAAUUCGGCGGCACGCUCCUCAUCCAAGCGGUCUUUUUCUGGCUCACAGCUCUCCUCUACCUCGCCGUCGACAUUCUCCUCCCCGCCUUCGCCGCGCGCCACAAGCUCCAACCACCCCCCAAGCAGCCAACCACCCCGGAAAUCAUGCACUGCUUCAAAGUAGUCGCCCGCAACCAGGCCAUCUCCACCAGCUUUCACCUGGCCCUCCUCCACCUUGUCAAGCGCGGAGACUCCUCUUUCCGCAUCUCAACCUCGCUCCCCACGCUCCCUGAGAUGGCAAGAGACAUCGUCCUCUGCCUCCUCAUGCGCGAAGUCAUGUUCUAUUACAGCCAUCGCCUUUUGCACACGCCUAGGUUCUACGCGCCCAUCCACAAGCAGCACCACCGCUUCGUGGCGCCCAUCGCGCUCGCCGCGCAAUUCGCCCACCCAAUUGAACACAUCGUCGCUAAUGUGCUGCCCGUCUCGCUGCCGGGACAGAUCCUGCACUCGCAUAUCCUGACGUUCUGGGCGUUUGUGGCGCUGGAGCUGGUCGAGACGGCCACUGUGCAUAGCGGGUUUGAUUUCUUCGGUGGACGCGCUAAGAUGCAUGAUUCGCAUCAUGAGAAGUUCAACUUGAACUAUGGAGUGCUGGGGCUUUUGGACUGGGCGCAUGGGACUGAUAAGUUGAAGUCGCGGGAUGGGAAGAUUAGACAGGAGUGAUUUAAUUCUUGUGCUUCAGGGGAUGACGUUGAUACUAGGGGUGUAUGUUUGUUGGUGAUGCCAUGUAUAUAUUGUGUUGGAACUGGGACUAUGCCAGCCGAGUCCCACGUUGCACGAGUUAUAAAAAAG